AGGUUGUCACUAAAUCUUCUGUUGUCUGUUUUGUUGAAAUCAGCACAUUCUUUAUAAAAAAAAACCUAUACUCCUAGGAAUUUCCUGGGCUACUAGUUAGAUGCUGACAUGAUUUUUAAAAAAUGCAUCUAGUCAUAUCUGGCCUAAAUUUUGUAAAAUUUUCAUGUACCAUGUAAAAUCCCUGGCUUUUAAAUAUAACUUCAGGUUCAGUUAAAACUUUUUUAAAUCAUAAAAAGAACCUCAUUUAAUUGCACAUGGAAAUAGGGGAAAUAAGAAUCUAACUACGUGGCUAUGCAGGUAACUUUUACUGUUGCAUGCUUACCUUGUAGUUUUGGUUGCAGUAAUCAGUAAUUAGCUACAGAAAGCUGGACAGAAGCCUACAAUUCCAAAAUGAACUCUGUGUAGCUCUCCUUCCCCCUCCCUUUCUGCUUUGGCACCGCCCCUUCCAUGCACCCUUUCGCUCGAAGGAAGACAGCUGUGUUUGAUCAUAAACCACUUACAACUCCGGGCUUAGUCGAGGGGGAAACUUUAGCGUGAAGUGCAGCAUCAGUUUGUCUCGGUUUUUUUUUUCCUUCCUAAGACCUUAGCAGUACUUGAUUGUGUUCUCGCUGUGAAUUCAUGUGAAGCUCACCAAAUAGUUGCCAGGUUAUGGAACUCUUAUGGGAGAUGCGCUCAAACCUAGCUUGGAAAAGGGCAGUGUAAAACUAGAGGCAAAGCUGAAACAGAUUUCACAUGGACUUGGGCAGUUUUAGUAUCCAGGAGAUCAUGACUGACUGUCUGCAUUCUCUGUGACCCUGCAAUCUGCAGCUUUAAUGAGUCUCUUGCAGCAAUGGAUUGUUUGUGAAAUGAAAACCAAUUUGGCUCCUUUAGAAGACCUUGCAUCAUUAAUUUAGGCUCUAUAAAUGUUAAGUGAAAAUGGCUGUCUAGAGCAAAAUGUGUAGGACAGAAAAAUCUUAGAGAAGAAAGGAGUGUUGAAUCAAUCAAGCAAAGCUUGGAAGCAUUAUAAUCUGUAGAAAUACCUGAGCUCUGAAAAGACUAAUCUAAUCAUGAAUUCUGGAGUUGCUAUGAAAUAUGGAAAUGACUCCUCUGCGGAACCCGGCGAGCUCCAUUUAGCAGCCCUGGCAUCGCUAAAGGGAGAUAUAGUAGAGCUUAAUAAACGUCUGCAGCAAACAGAAAGGGAACGGGACCUGCUGGAAAAAAAAUUGGCAAAGGCACAGUGUGAACAGUCUCAUCUAAUGAGAGAGCAUGAAGACGUACAGGAGCGAACAACACUACGCUAUGAGGAACGAAUCACAGAACUCCACAGCAUUAUUGCUGAGUUAAAUAAGAAGAUUGACCGACUACAGGGCACAACAAUAAGGGAGGAAGAUGAAUAUUCUGAACUACGAUCAGAGCUCAGCCACAGCCAGCAUGAGGCUAAUGAAGAUUCACGCAGCAUGGACCAGGAUCAGACUUCUGUUUCAGUGCCAGAGAACCAGUCCACUAUGGUCACUGCUGACAUGGAUAACUGCAGUGACUUGAACUCAGAACUGCAGAGAGUGCUGACGGGGCUGGAGAGUGUAGUCUGUGGAAGGAAGAAGAGCAGUUGCAGUCUGUCUGUAGCAGAAGUGGACAGACACAUUGAACAGCUCACCACUGCCAGUGAACAUUGUGACCUAGCUAUUAAGACAGUAGAGGAGAUUGAAGGUGUGCUGGGACGGGAUCUUUAUCCAAACCUGUCUGAAGAGAGAUCUCGGUGGGAAAAAGAGCUGGCUGGUCUGAGGGAAGAAAAUGAGAGCCUCACUGCUAUGCUGUGCAGCAAAGAGGAGGAGCUGAACAGGACCAAGGCCACCAUGAAUGCUAUCCGGGAAGAAAGGGACAGAUUGCGCAGAAGGGUUCGGGAACUGCAGACACGUUUACAAAGCAUCCAGGCAACAGGCCCAUCCAGCCCCAGUCGUCUCACUUCCACAAACCGACCUGUGAACCCCAGUACUGGCGAGCUGAGCACGAGCAGUAGCAGCAAUGACGUUCCCAUUGCCAAGAUUGCUGAACGGGUGAAGCUCUCAAAGACCAGGUCAGAGUCUUCAUCAUCUGACCGACCUGUCCUAGGAUCAGAAAUCAGCAGCAUAGGGGUGUCCAGCAGUGUGGCUGAACACUUGGCCCAUUCUCUCCAAGACUGCUCCAACAUCCAAGAAAUCUUCCAGACACUCUAUUCACAUGGAUCUGCUAUCUCUGAAAACAAAAUCCGAGAGUUUGAAGUGGAAACAGAGAGAUUAAAUAGCCGUAUUGAGCACUUAAAAUCCCAGAAUGACUUGUUGACAAUAACGCUGGAAGAGUGCAAGAGCAAUGCCGAGAGGAUGAGCAUGCUGGUUGGAAAAUAUGAAUCCAAUGCCACUGCACUCAGACUUGCACUGCAGUACAGUGAACAGUGCAUAGAAGCAUAUGAGCUGUUGCUGGCUUUGGCAGAAAGUGAACAGAAUCUCAUUCUUGGUCAAUUCAGAGCUGCAGGCGUUGGGUCUGUUGGGGACCAAAUAGGUGAUGAGAACAUUACCCAGAUGCUCAAGAGAGCCCAUGACUGCAGGAAGACUGCUGAGAAUGCAGCAAAAGCCCUGCUGAUGAAAUUAGACGGCAGCUGCGGGGGAGCCUAUGCAAUCACUGGCUGUAACGUACAGCCCUGGGAGAGCCUGUCAUCCAACAGCCACACCAGCACUACCAGCUCAACUGCAAGUAGCUGUGAUACAGAGUUCACAAAGGAGGAUGAGCAGAGGUUGAAGGAUUACAUCCAGCAGCUGAAGAAUGACAGGGCAGCAGUCAAGCUGACCAUGUUGGAACUGGAGAGCAUCCAUAUUGAUCCCCUUAGUUAUGAUGUCAAACCUCGUGGAGACAGCCAGAGGCUAGAUCUGGAAAAUGCAGUAUUGAUGCAAGAACUCAUGGCAAUGAAGGAAGAGAUGGCAGAGCUAAAGGCACAACUGUACCUGUUAGAGAAAGAGAAGAAAGCCCUGGAACUGAAACUCAGUACUCGAGAAGCCCAAGAACAGGCUUACCUAGUACACAUUGAGCACCUGAAGUCUGAAGUAGAAGAGCAAAAAGAACAGAAAAUGAGAUCCCUCAGCUCCACCAGUAGUGGCAGCAAAGACAAAUUGGGCAAGGAGUGCACAGAUGGGACCACACCACCAUUAACCCUAGCUGAGCUGAGACCAUACAAUGAGAGUGAAUUAGCUGCUGAACUAACAAAUUCACUCAGACGAGAGAAGAAACUGAAAGCAAGAGUGCAAGAGUUAGUGAGUGCCUUAGAGAGACUCACAAAGAGCAGCGAAAUCAGACAUCAGCAGUCUGCAGAGUUUGUUAAUGACCUGAAAAGGGCAAAUAGUAAUCUUGUAGCUGCUUAUGAAAAAGCAAAGAAGAAGCAUCAAAACAAACUGAAGAAAUUGGAGUCACAAAUGAUGGCCAUGGUUGAGAGGCAUGAGACUCAAGUGAGGAUGCUCAAGCAAAGAAUAGCAUUGCUGGAGGAGGAGAACUCAAGACCUCACACCAAUGAAACUUCUCUUUAAUUUUUUUUAAAUAUAAAUGACAUCUAGUGCCAAUUUUUUGGACUGAUUUUAGGUAAUGAACUCUAUAAAGGAUAUGAAACCUAAUACAGGCAUAGAUCAACCUUGUAGCUUUGUCAAAUCAAGCCAGGAGGAAUGGAGACACUAUUUUAAGCUUAAGCAAAGGAUUGUUUAUUGAUGACUGCUCGAAAUGGACAGUGCCUGAAGGUAAAGUUUCCCUUCACACUAGUUACAUUCAUGGUAUAUUUAAUUGUGUGUGUAUAUACACACACAUGCAGAAUUAUCUUCCAUCCUCACUAACAGGUGGCAGUCUCACCAUACUUUCAUUUUGAUCGUGAUAUGUUACAUUACUUUUAAUAUACUCUAUGCCCAAACAUACACAAGUAUUUAUCUUAAAGCAGUUUGAUAGCUCUCCCAGUUCCAAGCUCUCUUUGUCCUGGAAUCUUGCGGUAAGAGCUGCUGUUGCUGUUACAUCCAUCAUAUGUGCAUACAUUUGGUGGAGAAAGGUAUCCAAGACAGAAGCCUGGUUUGUACCUUACACCAAACUUGUACUUGUCCACACUGCACCCAGCUCAACAGAUGGAGGAGAACUGCUGCUAAUUCAGAGUAGUUUUAGCAGGCAAGAUUCCUGGUCAUAGCAACUAGAAACCCAAUAAUGCUACUUUUUUAUUUCUUAUGCUCUUACCACAGGGGUGGGCAAAAUACAGUCAGCAGGUCAAAUGCAGCCUGACAUUUCUGUCCAGCCUACUGGCAUGUGUCUGUGCCCCCUUGGUGGAAAAGGGAGGUGGUUCUGCACAUUGCACCUGUCUCCCAGCACCUUCCUCCCAGCUCUGACUGGAAACAGGCCCAUAGGAGCAGUCCUUGUGGGUGCAGGCAGUGCAUGGAGACCCACUACCUUCAUCUCCUCCUCCCAUGGGACAUAGCCUUCCACACUACUUCCAGAAGCAUGGGUCUGUAUGUCAGGUAGCCUGCAUGAUCACCCUGCUAUGCUGCCACCUGUGGUAAGUGCCUCCUGAACCAAGCCUGCACCUUACACCUCUGCCCCAGGUCAGAAUCCUUUCCUGCACCUAAACUCCCUCCCCAACUCCUCAUCCCAUCAGUUAAUAUAUGGGGGGGAAAAGCAUGGCCUAAGAUGACUUACCAAAUUUGUGGCAUGGCCCCCUGCAAAAAUUGCCUACCCCUACCUUGCAGGCUGUGUAGGGCAUAUGCUUUCAGUUUACAGUGAAGGUGGUAUGGGCCAACUUUGGGUAGGAAGUUACAAGGAAGUUUUUGUUCAUGUUAUAUGUUAGCACCAAAUGUCAAUUUUGAAGAAAACCUUGUUUAAAAUGUAUUUUAGAAAAGGCUGGAUUUUGUUUUUCUAAGAGGCUCGAAAGCCUGUAUUAGGUGCAGAGUAUUAGACCAGCACAGGGUUCCAUUAUACUUGUGUGAGAGCAAGAGCAGAAACCCCCCUCUGCACUUACACUGUCUUGACCAAAAGGGUACGUACUUAUCAGGAACAUGCCUAUUCAUUAUUAAAACAUAUGCAUGGGAUUGGAUGUAUACAUGUAGAUAGAGAUGUAGACAAACAAAAUGAGUGAGCAAAUAGCUGGCUCUUAGUUCAAUGUGAGUAGUUCUAUGAAUAUAGCCUGCUGAUGGCUGAUGUAAAAUUACAUUUAUAGGCUAUUUUUAAUAAGUUGCAGUUCUGAUGUGCGGACUUACCAGUUCAAGCCAGUCUGUCUUUCGUGACUGCAAGUUGCAUACAGUAAGGCUGAAUGAGUCUUUUUUUUUUUUUU